CAUCCGGGUACUCCUGAGUGAACACGUAACCCAAAUCCUGAGCCUCCGAUUAGCUGCUGUCAACUGAACCUUUUAACGCUUGUUUGUCACUUUUGCUUUCCAAAAGUGAAUCCUGCGAUAAAACAUCGACAUAAUACGACCGCAUGUGGACGUCUGGGUGGUUUAAAAACGUCCACGGACGACGCGUGGAGCAGGAUAAAGAAAGCACAUUAUGGAAACGUGACAGUGGGGACCUUAUGUAACGGUGUGUCCUGACCAAUCAGAGCGCGGCAUUUCUCCCCGCGUCUGCCUGUGGGUGGAGAUGUUGAUACAGAAAGGACGUCCUGCGUGUUUUGCCCGAGUUUAGCAGCUUUUUACGAGCUAUACAAACUGUUUAACCCGGUGCUGAGGUCGAGUUUGUGUUAACUUAACGUAGACUGACGUUACAGCUGGAAAACGACGCGGGAAUAUUUGCUCGUGUUUACUUUUUUUGCGCGCUAGUAGCUUAUGGGCUUCACCCACGCCUCGUGUGACAGCGUACGGAGAUAAAAACAAUUUGCUGAAGCUCACUAGGUUUAUUUAUUUGAAGUGUGUGUUCACUUGGACGUUUCUGAACCAAACAGGAGCUGUGCUGGUUUUGGGCUGUGGUCACCUGCUGCCCACACAUGCAGCCGCCGCUGCUCAGCAGACUCAUCCCUGUGGAUAAAUCCAUGGAGCAAGGUUAAGGAGCAGCAAACCCUUAACGCAACCUGACCGACUGAAACUGAGCAGGCAUUGAUAAAGAAAGCAGGUGACAUGGUGGUCAACACCAUCCACUGGUUUAGGAAGGGACUGCGGCUGCACGACAACCCGUCUCUGAGGGAGUCUAUCCGGGGAGCGGACACCCUGCGCUGCAUUUACAUCCUGGACCCCUGGUUCGCGGGGUCCUCCAAUGUGGGCAUCAACAGGUGGAGGUUUUUGUUGCAUUGUCUAGAGGACUUGGAUGCGAGCCUGCGUAAACUCAACUUACGUUUGUUUGUCAUUAGAGGCCAGCCUACAGAUGUCUUCCCCCGUCUUUUUAAGGAAUGGGAGAUUACCCGUUUAUCUUAUGAAUAUGACUCUGAGCCGUUUGGCAAAGAACGGGAUGCAGCCAUACAAAAACUAGCCUGUGAGGCUGGGGUAGAGGUCAUGGUGCGGAUUUCACACACCCUCUACAAUCUGGCCAAGAUCAUAGAACUCAACGAUGGUCAGCCUCCUCUCACAUACAAGCGCUUCCAGGCCCUCAUCAACCAUAUGGAUGCCGUGGAGCUCCCUGCAGAGACGAUCACACUUGAUGUCAUCAAAGAAUGUGCCCCACCCAUCAGUGAAGACCAUGAUGAUAAAUUUGGGGUGCCCUCACUGGAAGAGCUCGGUUUUGAUACAGAGGGCCUGACCACAGCAGUAUGGCCAGGUGGAGAAACAGAAGCCCUCAUAAGGCUUGAGCGGCACCUGGAGAGGAAGGCCUGGGUGGCAAACUUUGAGCGUCCACGUAUGAAUGCCAACUCCCUGCUGGCCAGUCCCACAGGUCUCAGCCCCUACCUACGUUUUGGAUGUCUCUCCUGUCGACUCUUCUACUACAAACUCACCGACCUGUACAGGAAGGUCAAGAGGAACAACACACCACCGCUUUCUUUGUAUGGCCAGUUAUUGUGGAGGGAGUUCUUCUACACAACUGCCACCAACAACCCCUGCUUUGACAAGAUGGAGGGAAACCCUGUGUGUGUUCAGAUCCCCUGGGACCGAAACCCAGAGGCACUGGCCAAGUGGGCAGAGGGACAGACAGGCUUUCCCUGGAUAGACGCCAUUAUGACCCAGCUGAGGCAGGAGGGGUGGAUCCAUCAUUUGGCGAGGCACGCUGUGGCUUGCUUCCUCACCAGGGGAGACCUCUGGAUCAGCUGGGAGGAAGGCAUGAAGGCGUUUGAAGAGUUACUUAUGGAUGCUGACUGGAGUGUAAAUGCAGGCAGCUGGAUGUGGCUUUCUUGCAGCUCGUUUUUCCAGCAGUUUUUUCACUGCUACUGCCCAGUGGGAUUCGGACGACGCACAGACCCUAACGGGGACUUCAUACGGCGUUAUUUGCCCAUAUUGAGGGGUUUUCCAGCCAAAUACAUCUAUGAUCCUUGGAAUGCCCCAGAGGAUGUGCAGAAGGCAGCCAAGUGCAUCAUAGGAGUCCAUUACCCCAAGCCCAUGGUGAACCAUGCUGAGGCCAGCCGCAUCAACAUAGAGCGGAUGAAGCAAAUUUACCAGCAGCUUUCCUGCUACAGAGGACUGGGCCUGCUAGCAACAGUACCAGUCAAUCCUACCAAUGGCUCAAAUGGCAGUAAUGUUGGAAGAGUCAACACAGAGAGCAGUCAAAGACCAGGAGGGUCCUGUGAAAACCCGUCCAUACAGGAGGGAACAUCUCGAACAGAAAGAGGACAGUCCACGCAGAAGCGCCGCCGUGAAGAUGCUUCACUAGAAAGCAGCUCUAAAUCCUGGAAGCAGAGCAAAUAGUGUGCAGAAGGCAGAACACAAAGGAUCCCUCUGUCCGUCCUGUCAUCUGGAUAGCAUCCUCUCCACACACAGCAGUAACUGUAACUAACAACCGUGGAGGAGACAGAAUGGAGUGGCUGGAUUUAGCUGAUACUAUUGACUGUUUGUCGUUGUACAUAAUAUUUGUUCAGAUUGUCAAAAGUCCAAAAUGUCUUGGUCUCGAGGUUCUGGACACAUUUCACUACUCAGGAACAGAAGAAGGACUUGAGAAAAUAUAUAUAUCAGAGUGAGGUCUUCCACUAUACUUUGUCUCUGUACAAGCAAAGAGACACUAAUCAAUAUUAAAAAUGUCCUUUUUUUUCUUUUAUUUUUUACCCCUCAACGUCUCACAUCAGUCAUGUCAGGAUAUCAAUAAUAAUAAUAUGAUCAGGAGAAUAAACACCAUCUUUCCCCCAGUUAUUCAGGCAGCUUAAAGAGUAUCUAGGCAUGCAUCAGUUCCCAUUGAUAGCGAACUGAACAUUUUGCUAAUACCUGACAGCUUCGGUCCCUGAUUCCCAUCUGAGUGAUUGGAACCAAAAACACAAUCAGUAGACUGUGGAAGAUUCCUUGUAUACAGCUGACACCCUGAAUCUCUGUUAACACGCUGACAUGAGAUGACCUGGAUAAGACACAGUUCUCUCAGAAAACACACCAUGAAAUAUUUCACACAAAGAAUAUUCACACUCGUGAAUGUAAAUAAUGUGAGAACAUUUAAAGGUCUGAUGUACGGUAGUAAAGGUAUUAGAAGAUUGUCAGGUUUGGCUAUAAAGCAGGUCUCAUAAAAAUAAUAUUUGUAAAUAUUAAUUGUUUUUGAUUUCCAGCUUUUGUAUAUUUGGUCAUGGGGUUUCACGACUCCUUUUGUAAAGAAUGUCUUACCAAAACUGUAAAGUUCUACUGUGAAUGCAUGUGCUUUUUGUCUCCCAUGUGAUCAUAUAUAAUCUUAUUAUUUUUGUAUAAAGAACAACCAAAUUCUUACUGCACCAGAA